GGCCGAGGCCUCGGUAGCCAUGGCGACGGCGAGGCGUUGGGUUUGCGCGGCCUUCUUCUUGCUCCCGUUCGGCGCGGAACUGUCGGGAGGCCAGGGCUUCUUCCUCCCGCUGCACCGGCCCCAGGGCUGCGGUGGGACGCAGUACUUUGACAUCGCCAGCCUGAGUUGCGGGCAGUGCGGGGCCUCGCAGAGGAAAAGCUCUCGGGGUGAGGCGAGCGCGGCGAGCGCGGCUUACAGGCGAAAUCCCUAGGAAGGGCCGCCUGGCGAGGAGCCAGGGCCUCGGGAGGGCUCCUUCCCCCCCUUGUAUCAAGGCCUCAUUUCUUCCCACUUCAGUCAUACUCCCGAGUACAUCAGCCGACCCAUUGAAAUCCAUGGCGUUCCCAUUGAUUUGAAUGGGCCUGCUGCUUCCAGUGUGGCUAACGUUGCGUAUUGCCCUAUGUCUCCCUCCCUCUAAUGUUUCAGUUCAAAUGCAGCUACAACGAAGAAAUCGUUAAAGGCCAAGCAAAAUAAACUGCAAGGGUCCAACCCCAAACAUCUUAUGUAGUUACAACAGAACGCAGCUGUGUAUGAAGUGGGUCUAUGGGGUUUUCUUCAACGUGUGAAGUAAUGGGAUUUAUUCCAGGACAAUUGAUAAAGCAUUUUAGAGAAGUGAUGCCUCUGCAGAGAAAGCUUUUUCAUGAAUGCCUAUUUGGUCUUGGUUUUGGAUACGUAAGGAGGGCCUUUCCUGCCAUCUUCGCAAGAGCUAAAGAACUCUGAGCUCAAGAAUUUGUUUUGAGAAUCACGGCUGAUUUUGCUAUCCUUUGACAGAAAAAUCCACGCAUCAUGACCCCAAUCUUUCGUCACUUCAUCAGUCCAAUUAGGAUGGGGGGAGAGUAAUUUUGUUGUUGCUAUUGUAAAACUAUUGGGAGUACAAAAAACCCCAAGUGAUCUACCAGUAGACCCUGAUAUGACACCUUGCUGUAAGAUAUGGCUUCUUCUGUCACUCCCUGGUAUAUUGUUAUUUAUAUAGCAUUGUCAGUGUGCAUGGUUAGGUUGAAAGUGUGACAGGUCCAGGGUCAGUCAGUAAGUUUCACAGCUGACAAUAGGAUUUGAAUCCAAGUUUCCCCAAGCAGAGUCCAUUAGUAGCCAUCAAACCACACAGAAGUGCCAGUGGAGAUGGGGGCUUUUAGGAUAUAUUUCAGAGAGGUAACCUUGAUAGAGCAAAUUGGAUUUCAGUUUGUAGCAAUUGAAAUAACAAAUUAUUGUGUUUGUUUCAGGUACAUCAUGCACUUGUCUACCAGGAUUCAAGUUAGUUUCUGAUAAUGGUGGAUCUUCUAUAACUUGUGAAAAAUGUCCAGAAAGCACGGUAAUGUUAUACUUGCAAUAAAAUCGAAACGGUUUUUACUGCAAACAAUGUAUAGAUGUACUAUAUAGUUAUAAUGCAAUGAGAUUUAAAAUAUUUUAAUAUGUGUUUUCUUAGAGUGGAGUUACCCAAGAUGGAUGGGACUGCAUUACUUGUCCUAAAGGCUUAACUAGUGAAGGAAAAUGUAAAUGCCCUGUUAAUGAGAUCUUGGGUAAGAAUUCUAUGAAGUUGUUCAUUGUGUUAAAAUAUUUGAUUUCUCCAGCAGAGGAAGCAGUACUGAAUAUUUUUGUGGGUUGUACCUAAUAUUUUAAGUCCAUGAAUGGAAAGAGCUUCAAUUCGUGGAAAGAGAGUUCCGCACUUAAGAGAGUUGCACACCAAGGCUGUGUACACACCAUACAUUUAAAGUACAUUAUGUCCCCAAAAGAAUCAUGGGAACUGUAGUUUACCCGUCACCAAGUUACAGUUCUCAGCACCCUUAACAAACUAUAGUUCUCAAGAUUCAGGAUGCGGAAAGUCAUAUGCUUAAAAUGUAUGAUGCAUACACAGCCUCAGAAAGGGUCCUUCUAUUCAUGGGAUGAAAAGAUUGGAUACAAUACUAUAUGUUUGAUUUCUGUCUUAAGAAAGUAAUAAAAAUAUAUUAGUCUUUUCACCUACCCAAUAUCAAAUACUAUGCUGCAUUUGAGGAAGGUAGUUUUUGCAGCUAUUCUACUAUGGGCUUCUUAACUAAAAUCAAGAGGUCAAUAAGACAGAAUGAUAACAACAGAGACAAAAAAUGAACAUAUAAACUUAUUAACUUGCUUUAUAUUGUCAGAUGAUUUGUCUGUCUAACUUGGCGUUGUCUCCUCUGACUAGCUUUACAAGACUUGAGUUGAGGUCUUCCCUGCUACCUUAGAUGCUUUAAUUCAGGAGUGAGGAACAGGAUCCAGUCAGUAGGCUAGAUCCUGACCUCUCCCCCGCCUGUGGGUCAUUUUGACAGGUUUCUAUAGCAUUAAGAGACCCAUCCAUGUGUAAAAAGCACUUCCAAGUAGCUGGUUUUCUAAUUGCAUCAAUCCCUUAUGUCACAUGGAGUUUCACUCCAGAGAGUUCCAAAAGAUUUUUGGAAUGAUUUUUCAGUAUCUGCCAGAGCCUAUGGAAGGAAGAGCAGUCCUAGAAGGCCCCAGCAUAUGUGCAGAACACUGAAAAGCCCUUUGGAUCACAGUAAAGUUUAAAUUUGUGGCGUGUGCAUUAGGCAACUGAAUGUUCUAACUUUUUUUCUGAAACAUUGCAUUUGUACACGGUUAUUCACAUAUAGAUAUUAUAUGAACCUAUAUGCCAUGUUACUAUAUGUGUUCAUAUUCUCUUUUUACUUAGUGGAAAGAGACACCAAUGGUGCAUUGUUGGCAGAUGCAUUAUGUGUUCAAUGUGAUGGGAAAGGGAAGUCAUUUGCUACUUCAAAUGCAUUAAAUAACAUGUAAGUAUUCUUUUUGUUGAAGACUUGCUUUGGGAGAAGGGGUUGUUGAUUUAUUCUUUUAUUCAUGCACAAAUAUACAAAACUGGUAGUGCAAUUGAUACAAAUUUGCAAAAAGUUGCAGGAAUAUGGUUGUAUGUAGUGCUUUUUUUCUAAAAAUUGUUUAGGGGUACUCUCAUUUUCCUACUCCUAUUGAAAUACUGCCCCUCAAUGAGGCCAAACUUAGAUUCACAAAAUGUUUAGGGGAAUGCAUUCCCCCGGGAAAAAAGGCUGGUUGUAUGCAAUAUUACCCAAGUAACAUUCCAUGCAUGCAGUCUUACCCUCAUCUCCCCAUUCACCACAAAAUCCAUUUCACAGAGGCCACCAACCCUUUUGGAGCAGACUUUGAAGGGGGCUGCAGGGGAGAGGAGGAGGAAGUUCUGUUGUGCAAGUAGAACGCUGCACUGUGAGCUGAACAGCAUUGCAUACAACCUAUAAUUUCAAACUUUCUGAAGCGCUCCCAUGUUUAAAAGAAAAAUGGAAUCAGAUCAGAUACAUUUUCAGCUUUAUAAGUCAUAGUUUAACUAAAUGUCAGGUCUGUGUGGUUUGCCCUUCUUCCUCCUUCUAACAUAUGUUGGCUUUGGUGCUCCAGUCUUUGUCUCCUUAUAGCCGUUUCCUGCAAUAUUUUUAGAUUUAGGACCCGCCUUUAACACAAGCAGCUUCUUAGUUUUUUAACCAUAUAUUUCCCUGCUGGUGUUACCCACUUUAGGCUGGGUUGCAAUCCAGUAGUGGGUUCUUACUCAUUGGUUGAAGACCAAUGCUUUAAAGCACAGUUCCCCAUUACAGCUGAAAUUGGGAACCUCAGUUUUAUGUCAGGUUUCUAAAAAGGAUUUAAACUUGGUUAGUGAACUGAUAGAAUUCAGUGUUGUGCUAUGACAAAUGUUCUAGCUACACAAGCAUUUUACCUGUACACUAUUUCAGGGGUUCUCUUGAGGGACCCCCAACCAGCCAAUUUCAGAGGGCACAGUGGGAGGAGAGGGGGGAAAGUCCCAUAAUGGGGAACUGGCUUGAAGAUACCAGAUCUGGAGCACUAGAGGAAACCAAUGGAAAACUGAAGCAAGGAGGCUCAAACCCAACACUUGUUCCUAGCUUUCUAUAUUGUAGUUUAGGAAGCUGGCAGUGAUAUGUCCAAAAAGAUCCAUUUUCAAGAAAUUACUGAUAGCAUGCAAAAGGAAGCUGAUUCUGGAAUAUAAGGGCAGUAGUUUUUCUGUAUAGGUGGAAGAGAAAGUUCAACUCAACAUCCUCCUAAACAUGUGCAUCAUUGAAAAAACCUCAGUAUGUUUUUGCUACUUUUUCAGUGCUGAAAAAUAUGUGUAAACCUAUAGCUGCCACUUGAAGAUAUUUCUAUGAGGAGAACAAGACAUUAUAGAAAAUGCUAGGUAUCAGGCAAAAAUAGCAUUCCCACAUCUAUGCCACAUCUCAUCUGAAGCAUCAGGUGAAAGUCACUGAGGGAAAUCAAUACAUCAUUCUGCUAGUUUACCCAGCAGCAGCCUCCAAUGCUUAUGAAGCUAGCAUGAGAAAAUCCAUAGUGUGAUCAUAUUGCAUCACAUAGUGAGUUUCAUAAGAUAUUAUGGUAGGAACAAGACACAGUGAUAUCAUUUUUUGCAGCAUUUUUGUCUUCCAUAACUCUACUUAUCUCUCACAAGCAUAUCUGAGUUGGAUACUCUGAACUGUUAGAUAUGUGCACCUGAUAGAACAAAUGGUACAGUCUGAUUUUCACAAAUGCGGCAAGUCUGUUCUCUGGUGUUGCCUAUGUGAUGUUAUUACAUUAUAAAGGAUUACUAAACUAUAAGGUAUGAAAUGCCUUCAAGAAAUGCCUUCACAUUCUAUUUUUAUCUUUUUAGGUGUAUAAGAUGUGAACCAACAUUCAUCAGUGUAAACAAGUCAUGUAGCUGUUCUGAGCCCAAUAUUUUAGUAAGUAUAAUAGGACAUCUUUGGGAGAAGGAAAGGCUAAGGAAAUAACCCCUACACAAAUCUGGAGUGGAGUCCCUAAGACAGUUGGAUGGUGUCUUGUAUGCCUCCUUCUUGCAACUCCUGCAGCCAGGUUGGUGCCACAUGCAUUGCUCUGCUUUUCUUUGGACCUCAUAAACGAGGUCAAGCGGGGGUCUUGUUAUCUGGGCAGCCCAGGACCUCACUGCUCAGGCGUGCACCCCAGGUGAGGUCACCGGUGCUGCUAACGCAGCAAAAACAAUGCAAGAGGCAGCAGUUAGGAGUUACCAGUCUCUGCAGCUACAGCGGGCGCUUUGAUUCUGCAGUGAUUUGACUUUGCCCCCAGAGGUGUGCUGCAUUGUUCCUUGAGACGGAUGCCAACAAAAUAAUAGGACAGUAUGUAGGAGAAGCAGUAUGAGUUAUAUCCCACAGUGGGAGGUUUGCUCAUGUAAGCUACCUUCCCUCUCAUCACAUCCCAGGUCCCCUGACCCUCAAAAGGUGCAAUGUCACGGUACUGCAGUAAGGGAAGGACACAGAAAAGGCCCAUUGUGCAAGUGGGAUUCUGCUCGCCUAACUGGAUUCAUGCCUCUUUUCAUUUGUGACAAAGCUAUUCUAAUUCUAAGCCUCUGUCUUUAAAAGUAGAUAUUUACAUAAUUUGAUUUUUUUUUAACUAUCUUUUCAGACAGGAGGUUUAUGCUUCAGAAGUACUGGGAAUUACCCCCCAAAGGGAACUGCAACAGUACGCUUUGGAAAGCUAGUAAGUCAUAAUAAUAAUCAUUUUGUUUGCAUGCUGCCACAGAGUGUUUGCAGACAUUCAAGGUGAUACAUUUACACUUAAAAUGAGCACACAUACACGUGUGCGUGCACACACACACACACACACACAUCCAGCAACAAUAGAAAUACAUCAAUCAAUGCAAAAAUAUAAGUACAUCAUAGAUAUAAGAGCAUAAAACUAAACCCUCAUGGAGGAGUCGUGCACAAGAGCGUUGUCCCUCCUGUGGUUUCCACCAGCUGAUAUUCAGAAGCAUUACUGCAUGCCAAAUGUAUCCACACUAUGUUAGUAUGAAGAACAAUAAAACAAUUUAUAUCAAAACAGCAAUAUGCAAUGCAAUAAAUAAUCGUGUUUACAUAUCAUUCCAAAAAUUGGUUACUCUAACUAUAAUUCAUUGCAUUAAGUAAAUAAUUGUUUUUUAUUCAUUAUUUAUCCCCCUUUUAUUGUGCUCCUUAUCUAACAGAUACCUGUUUUGUGGUUGCAAAACAUAUAUGAGAGCCAGUGUGAUAUAGUGGUUAGAAUGUCAGAGUAGGACCUGCAAGACCAGGGUUCAAAUGCACACAUUUUCUCUAAAGCUCACUGGGUGACAUUGGGCCAGUCACUGCCUCUCAGCCUAACCUACCACACAGGGUUACUGUGGGAUUAAGUGAGGAGGGGAAGAACCAGUGCUUUUUUUUCAGGGGGUGCUCAAGGGUACAGCGUACCAGCUGUACCAGCACCUGGGGGGAUGGGGGGUGUUGGGGGAUGUUAAAAAGUGUGGCACUUACUAUAACAACUUCAUGGUGAGUACCUGCACUUAUUUUUCUAGGAAAUAAAGCAGUGGGGAGAAGCAUUUACAACACUGAGCUCCUUGGAGAAAACAAUGGGAUAUAAAUACAAUAACAUAAAUAAUACAACUGCUAUAAAUAUUUACAGAAGCACCUACUGCCCACUAGCAGCAUAUUACUCCAAAAGCAGAAUAAAGUUUCUGGUAUCCAUGACAGUUCAAUCCUCCCACAACAACAGUAGCAUUAAAAAGAGAGCACAAGCCUCUAUGAGGUGAGGGCCUGCUCUUCUACCUUGAACCAAAACAAUUUGCUGUAACCAUUUUGACUUUCUGGUCUUAUUUAUAGGGCAUCACCUUGAUAUCAGCAUGGUUUUCAAAAACCUACAAGCGUCAGCAGCUGCUUGCUGGGUAAGCUUUGAAAGUUUUCUCUUUCAACAGGAUUAUUGAUAAGUAUUACUAAUACACAUAGUUUAUUAUUUUGGGCUUCCAUGGAUAAUCUGUGUAUUGAAACCUGGUUGCAAUUUUCCCUGGUGCUUUGAGGUAUUGAAACAGUGUAGAAGUGUAAAAUGUGCUUCAGAAUGCCUCUUCCCAGAGUUACUUAAAACUUCUCAAAGCAUACAAAAAAAACUUAAAAGAGCUAGAAAUUGUAUUCUAAUAUGAUAUUGUCAGUUUUAAAAUAUCUUUACAAUCUUGUAAUAAUUGUCAUUGGCUUAUCUCCUUGCAGCUGUACUCCAACCUUACAUCUUGCCAAACACUUGGAAAUAUGUGUGUGAUGAACAUGAAUAGUUUGAGCUCUGCCAGCACAGAUGCAUGUGGUCUAUUUCAGUAUGUUUUUGCAAAUACUGCUGGACUUGGUACUGUUCAUUCCAUAUCAUUUUGGUAUGUGGUAUUUGCUAUUCAUAGAUAGAUAGAUAGAUAAUCUAGAAAUUAAUAGUUGCAACAAACAUCAUGUAACUGUUUGCAGGAGACAGAACCUUCCAUGGCUAUACUAUGGUGACCAGCCAGGAUUAGCAUCACAGGUUCUUGACACAACCCAGUUUCCUGCUAGUUUCACUUUUAAAGGAACAAACAAAGUAAGUUACAAUUUUUUAUAUAAAAAACCUUUGAGUCCAGGUUUAUUCUUCGUGUGAUUGAGUUAUGAUGGGAUUGCACAGGUUGCCAGUUUUCCUCAGAAUUUUAAUGUGUACCUUGUAAUUGAGGCUGCAGUCCUCUACUCCAGGGGUGGGUAACCUGCAGACCAAACAGAGAAAGAAAGAUCUGGGCCUCUGGCCAGAAAAUAUUCCCCACCUCUGCUCUACUCCAGGGGUGAUUCACUACGUUGGUCUAGAUGACUGGAUCAUUCCUUAGCAAAAGGACUUGCAUUUGGCACGAUGUACAUUUGGUGCCAAAUGCAAGCCCCACAGCGAUUGGUUCUGGUCCACUGAGGCUAGCAUUCAGCACUAAAUUUAAACAGUGGCAAAUGCAAGUCCAGUUGCUAAGCAACAGUUCAAGCAAGUUCAAGUUUAUUGCGGCCAAAGCCAGUGACACUAAACAUCCCAAGAUCAGACAACAAGAAAUCAGCAACAACUUCAGAGAAGAAAAAAGGUUACACAAGGGAACUUCGCAGUGUGCCAUUCGACAGAAGAGAUUUACGUUUCUUAAUUACUAAAGUGCAAAAUUUAGCCACCUCAUAUGAUACUGAGCUUGAGGAAUCUUCCAGGAGGUAUUUUCGAAGAAUUUCAGGGGAGGAUUCCAAAUAAUAUUGAAGGGGUAUAAAUUUUGAUAAAAGCGGUAAAAUAAGUUGAGCUCGUUCUUCACUAUAGAAUUCGCAAGAUAGAAGAAUGUGUGUGACAGAUUCUACCUUAUUAGACAUACAAGGGCAGAGACGCGCAUGCAUUGGAACCCGCGUGAAUUUGCCGUACAGCACUGCUGAGGGCAUUGUCUCAAAGCGGGCUCUAGAGAAAGCCCAUCUAUAGGCUUCGCUAGUGAUGUUGGUUAAGUAAGGGGCAGCUGUAAAAUUAGGCCAAGCUUUUAAACAUCUAUACGUCUCUGGGAGUAGGGCGCCUUCUUGUUGUAAUUCGAUAUCAUAAAGUCUCCGAGUAAUAGUAGCUUUUGCCUUGUUCAGAGUUCCAAUAAAAAUAUUUUCAGGGUUUAGGCCAAUUUGUUUGAUCUUGUUAGUUAUUUGCAUAAGCCAAGGAGGAUAGGGAACUGCGGCCAGGAAGCAAGGUAAUAGACCCUUAGGAUUGUAAUGGAUUUUCAGCCAGAGGGAUAUUGCUUGUUCCCAGACUUUUAAUUCCACUCUGGGCAGUCCUGCCUCUUGCCUUAAGACUGCAUUAGGUGUACACUUAGGGGUAGCAAAUAAUGAUCUUAAGAAUUUAGAUUGUACUGUUUCAAGGGUCUUAAGGUUGGCAGAGGGGCUAAUUUGAGAGCCAUAUAGAAGUUGGGCUAAAGAUUUUGCCUGAAAGACUGUUAGGGCCAUCGGGAGGAAGCCAGCUCCUUUCCUUCUGAAUAAUCUAAGGAUAGCAUUUGCACUUCUUUCUGCUGAUAUAGCUGAUGUGGUCAAGUGUGCUGAGAAUUUGGCAUUAUAAGAGAAAGUAAUGCCUAAAUAUUGGAAGGUCUUAGUCUGUUCAAUGGCGUUUCCCUUUACGCUCCAAUUAUCCUUCCUGAAGGAGCGGUUAAAAUGUACAAUUUUGGUUUUGGCAAAGUUAAUUGUUAGCAGUUCAGUGUUACAUUGGUCACUAAACUUUCCUAAGGCACGUUUCAGACCCACUUUGGUUUGAGAGAGAAGAACAGCGUCAUCCGCAUACAUUAAAAUUGGUACUUUUCUGCCAUUAGAGAACACAGGGGGGUGGGUUUCAAUUUCACGGCAGCAUGUGACCAGGGAGUUAACAUAGAUGUUAAAUAGGAAUGGGGCUAAUAGGCAUCCUUGUCUAACUCCUCUUUGGACUGGGAUUUCUCUAGAGAGUCUGCCGUCCUGUGCAAGUCUUAUCUGGAGGGUAUUGUUCUCAUGAAGCUUAAUCAUCAGAAGUAAUAACCUUCUGUUAAUACCCAUAUUGGCCAAUUUGGCCCAGAGCCUGCUCCUAGAUACAGAAUCAAAUGCUGCCUUUAGGUCCACAAAGGCCGCAUAUAAUGACUUUUUCCAAUAUUUCGCAUACUUAUAGACAAAGUAAUCUAACACUAAGCAGUGAUCAAUGGUGGAACGUCCGGAUGUAAACCCUGCUUGUUCAAUUUCUAGCAAGUUGUUAUGAUCUAACCAUUCCCAUAAUUUUAGGCAUAGAUGUUUUGUAUAAAGUUUACAGAUCACAUUCAGGAGACUAAUUGGUCUAUAAUUAGAUGGAUCAGAGGGGUUGCCCUUUUUAAAUAUGGGAACAAUUAUAGCUAGUCCCCAAUCUUUAGGGAUUUCAGUUGUCUUGUCUAUAUAUGAAAAUAGAUUUGCAAGGACCGGGGCCCACCAGUUUAUUUGCGCUUUCAAAAGUUCAGCGACAAUGAAAUCACUUCCUGGGGCUUUGCCAGAUUUCAUUUGUAGAAUUAGCGAAGCGAUUUCAGUUUCAGAUGUUGGGGGCCAUGGUGUAUCAUUAUCUAAGGGGAUGUUAAGCGGCGCAGAAGGACAAUGUUCCCUAAACAGCACUUUAUAGUGCUCUUCCCAUGAAUUUGCAGGGAUUAUUGUGCCCUCAUUAGGAGCUUUGGUUUGACUGGAGAUGAUUUUCCAGAAGUUAGAAUUGUCUUUUUCUAUUGACGCUUUUAUGAGGGCCUGCCAGAUGAGAGAGUCUGCGGUUCUUUUUUUGGUUUUUAAUAACUCUUUGUAGUUCUUUUUUUUAAGUUGUAACUCCAAUUUAGUGAUAGGGUUAGGAUUUUGCUGGAAGACCUUAAAGCAUUCCCUGAGUAUAAGUUUUGCCUGAGUGCAUUCGUGGUCAAACCAUGUUGGUUGGUAGGGGAGUCAUUUUGGUUAGAUCUUCUGGGUCUUGACAAUAACGGUUGGAGUUUUCGGAUUAAUGUGUUAUAAUGGUCGAUUGGGGAGGUCUCUUCAGUGUCGUUGGAAGUCAGAUCAGCCCAGAGGAGUUGACCUUCCAUUGAUUGUGUCCAAAUACCAAAAUGGUUAUUAACAUAAGGGGACCAUUUAAUUCUGGAUCUACCUAUUUGUUGUAAAGCGCUAGGAUCAGGAGUCUGCGGGGCAAGCCCACAUCUAGAGGGUUCCCAAAAUUCAGUCCUUUUAAGAUUUAGGGGUAAAUGGUCACUUUCGGUUCUUAUAUCUACAGUAAAUUCAAUAUAUUCAUCGAAAAGUUCUUGGGAGACAAGGAUGUAGUCAAUAACAGAAUGCCUUAGGCCUGACCAGUAAGUAAAUUGGCCAGGGCAGUCCCCCGAGGAGAGGCCGUUUAAAAUAACAAGGUUUAAUCUAAGUGCCAUUAAAAAAAGACAUGUACCAGCAAAAUUGGUGACUGGGUCAAGUGAGUGACGCCUGAAUAGGGGCCAAUAUUCAUCAUUAGCAUUUAGGGGACCCAUUCCACUUUCCUUGAUUAAUUGUUCGUCUGAGUGGCCUAGCCUUGCAUUAAAAUCCCCACCAAUAAUUAAGGAGGCAGAAGGAAACUUAUUUGAGACAAGGAGAAUGCAGUCUUCCAGUUCGUUCCAGAUGUUUUUAAGAUCAGUUUGUUUCAUAAGUGGGUGAAUAUAAACAUUGAUGCAUAUGAUCUUAAAAUGGGUGGAGAAUAUUUUAACGGCCAAAAUCCAUUUUUAUCGAUUUUCAAUUGGAUAGGGAGGCUCCUAGAUCUGUCGAUACGAAGGUGCUCAAACCUCCCGCCGGUCUUCCGCCUUUUGGGCCGAUUGAGGCAGGGGAAUGGAAAGCAAAGUAAUUGUGUAGUUCGAAAGGAUUUUGCAUCCAGGUUUCUUGGAGCAGGAUGAUCUUGAACUGUGAUACGUAGGUUAAAACGUCUUUGUCCCUUGUUUUCGAUUGCCAUCCAGCAACGUUCCAGGAUAGUAGUAGGGGUGAGAGUCAUUUUGUCUCUUCAAUAGCAUCUAGGGUUUUCCCGGGGUCGUGGAAGAUGCAACCAUUGGAUGGUUGAGUCUCCGGUAAUGUGAUUAGGGCGCCACAGAGAUUUCGGCGUGGAUUUCAGAUGGGCAGAGUAGAGGUGUGUGUUCUGCCGUGACCUGAGGAGAUUCAUGACCCAUUUUUCGCUCCAAGUUAGGUGGAAUAUUUGCCUCUUUUAUGGGCGCUAGAUCUUCAAAGUUGCGGAGAUAGAGUAAUAACUCAUCUAGUCUGUCCGUUAUCUCUGUUUGUUCGGCUUUUGGCAGAUGGGAGAAGGAGACAAGUAAUUCCUGCUCCAUCGAAUUCUCAAGAUGAGUAGCCUUUGAUAGGAGGGGCAUGGGGGUCUCUGUCCAACUAAUUAAGUCUGAGGGUGGAGAGGUAGAGCUCGUAGUAGAUGGAAUGCCCUCAUUUUUAAUUGCUUUCCUUUUAACUGGAGAGUAGGGAAUAAGAGGGCAAAUCUUAGUGUUGAUAAAAACUCUUGUGAUAAAAAUUCUAUAGUUAGUCAGGUAGCUUCGUAAGGACAUCAUAUAAGUUGGAAGCUUUUUGGAAUCAAAGGUGAGCAGUAUCCUCUGCAUGUGUGGCUUGCUGUAAAUGUGGACAGCGGAUUUCAGAUCGAUGGAAAGAGGAUCUACGCCCAGAAGCUCAGCCAAAUGCCUUCUUGCGACAUGUGUAGACGACCAGUUAACAACCUGACCUUUGAAGGGAAGGAUAAUUAAACAAAGUCUAGUGGCUUGUAACGAAAGAUUAUAGGAAGAUAUGGUGUGUGAAUCUUCCAUAGAUUGUUCGUUUUCAGAUUUGCAGCCAGUCUGCGGGGUUAAACGUAAUAGGGCAGGUACUCUGGGCGUUGGUUCAGCCCUAUCCUCCGGUGAAACGUCUACAGGGCUGACAUUAACUUUUGGGGAUACAAAGGAUGUAAUAUUCUCUAAGGAGCCUUUGAUGUCUCUUAUAUAUUUAAAGAUACAGUCCACGGUUUUAGCCACUAGGUCUAACGUGGUAGAGUGUUCAAGCAAUAAUUCAGAGAGAUAGUUUGCUAAGCAACAGUAAAAAGCACAUGUGUAUGCUUCUGAUUGUUCCUUGGCAGCCACAACUUUACCUACUCGCACAUGGCAUCAGGUGAGCAAUAGGUCGUCAUGGAUGGGCCCAAAUACUGGCCUAGUGGGCCCAGUUUGGCUCAUGGGUGAGACAUUCCCCACCCGUGCUACACUCAUCUGGCAGUAAGUACAAUUUAGUUCAGAGAGGCUUAAUUCUGAACAGACAUGUAAAUGAUUGCACUUUUGCAAUAUAAACUACUUUAAGUAUCAGUCAUAAAAUCAGAAAGAUUGGGGGGGGCAAUAUACAUGAAAUGACCAAAAUGUUUGUAAUUUCAGCUCUAAUGUUUUGGAGAGUUUGGUUCUACGUUACGCUGGCAUACCUGCUAGGUUUGAUUUCCUUGACUGUCUUCCCAGCCAAACUGAUCUUUUACUUUACCCAAAGAAGUUGAAUUCUCUUCAAGCACUUUAUUACUGAGUUUAUGCACAGCAGCUCAGCUAGUGUUUAACAGGAAGCAGGGCUUGCAGACAGGUUGAUAACCAACUGAUGGUUAUAUGUUGCAUAUUAUAUAACUGUAAUGUAACUCUGAAAUGAUUUUUAAUUUCUAGACCAAACACAUAGCAUGUACUCCAUAUUGUUUGUUUUGCUGAAGCAGUUUUAUUAUACACUUUAGGAACAUCUUGGGGUCUGGUUUAUUAUACAAAAUUCAGCUUUCAUUUCAUUGAUAAGUUUUUGUUAAAAUAUGGACUUCGUUCCCCACAAUAGUUUGAGAACAACAAACUAACUUUUCACACUUGCAUGGUAUUGUGCGUAUUAUAUAAUGCAGCUACCUGGUAAAGCAGGAGAUUUAAAUUUGAUAUCUAAAUUUCUUUAGCAAAAUUAUAGAGGAGGAAGUGAAAUGCUAAUAAUAUUUUUGUUUUGUUUCAUGUGUGCUGUGAGAAAUGUCUAAAAUAUAAAAUCUCAGUUUUUAAAGGCACUUUUAUCUUCAUUGACAGAAUAUAAAAUUGCAGUUUAUUGCUGCUUCAUAUGAUGCAGGGGGAAAUUUUCUUAAAUGGCAGUAUUUAGAAGGUGGUAUUUUGCAGGUAAGCUUGCGUUUGUUAUUUAUGAUACAUCAUGGAUUAAAUUUAGAGCCGUGAACUAAAUGAGGGAAAGAAUGAACACAUCAUUUCAAAGCAUCUAGUAUUUAGCAUAUCUCUUUUUUCUGUGGCCUCAUAGUUUGUAAAUAUGUUGGUCAGCAAAGAGGGGGGAAAUGGCUCAGUCCAAUACUGUUCAUGGUUCUAAUGAACAUGCAGAGAUCCAACUAAGCUGGAUCUGGCUUGUUACUUCAGUGUCUGGAGAAACUUUGUGUACAUAGACUCUGCUAUUGAAGUGAAUUUGACAGUUCGUGCUCAUAUAGGGUUUUGAAUAUGCAGUGGAGCCCCAUGUGCUGCCCAGAGCCACUGAAUAGAGGGCACUUUGAUUAUUAAUCAUCAUUUUUUUCAUUCUCUGCAAGUGUUCUGUUCACGUUUUACACUACCUGUUUGCUUUUAUUCAUCAUUUACAUAUUAAGUUAGCAGAGGGAGCUGAGUUGACUAAGUUUAUUUCUUUUUUCCCAUCCACAUACGGCAUAGUUCGACCUGCCUGUCCUGAGAGACUAUUUCUGAAAUGUUUGAAAGAUUAAUUUGCUUUGGUGGAAUGUGAAAGAAGCAAAGUUGGCUUUUAAAGGACCAGCUACUGUCACAAUAUUUAUUCUGUUACUUUUAAAGCUUAUGUUUACCUUUUAUUAAAAAGUGAUAAAUGCAGCAGUUUGUGUUUUGUGUUUCUUCGAGGGGGUACUAAGUAUGUGAAGACUGCACUAAAAUAUGCAAAAUGUUUGAUGAUUAUCUUUUUUAAACUGCAGCUUUGCCCAGAUACGCUAACUAAACUGAAUGCUGCUUACAUUUUUGGGACAACUUAUCAACAAAAAGUAAGAGUAAUUUAAAACAAUAUUAUAUACCGGUAUGUUCAUGCAAGCUGGAGAAGGUGCAGAAAAGGACAACCCAAAAGAUUGGGGGCGGGUGCCAUUCCCCUGCAAGGAAAAGUUACAGCACUAGAGCUUUAAAUGAAAAACAAUCCCGGUAGGGGUAGGAGGAACAUGAUCAAGGCUCAUGAAAGAAUGCACUGUGUUGAGAAAGUAGAUAGAAGUUUUUCCUCUUUCUCUUAUAUACUAGAAUCAUGGGUCACCUAAUGAAGUUGAAUGUUGGGAAAUUCCAGACAGGUAAAAAGAAAGUACUUUGCAGAGCCCAUAGUGAAACUGUGUUGUUGUUUAGUCGUGUCCGACUCUUCAUGACCCCAUGGACCAGAGCAUGCCACGCACUUCUGUCUUCCACUGCCUCCCACAGUUUGGUCAAACUCAUGCUGGUAGCUUCGCGAACACUAUCCAACCAUCUUGUCCUCUGUCGUCCCCUUCUCCUUGUGCCCUCCAUCUUUCCCAACAUCAGGGUCUUUUCCAGGGAGUCGUCUCUUCUCAUAUGGUGGCCAAAGUAUUGGAGCUUCAGCUUCAGUAUCUGUCCUUCCAGUGAGCACUCCGGGCUGAUUUCCUUAAGAAUGGAUAGGUUUGUUCUUCUUGCAGUCCAUGGGACUCUCAAGAGUCUCCUCCAGCAACAGUGAAACUAUUAAACUAUUAAAUGCAUUACUGUGAGAUGUAGUGAUGGCUCCCAACCUGGAAGACUUUAAAAGGGGAUUAGGCGAAUUCAUUGAGAAGAAGGCUUUUAAUGAUUACUAGUUAUGAUGGCUAUAUCAUACCUCCAGGCUCAGAGGCAGUUUUCCUGUGAAUACUGGUUGCUGGGGAAUAAAAGCAACAGAGGGCUAUUUAUCCUCAAGCCCAGGUUGUGGGCACCUCAUGGAAAUCUGGUUGGCCACCGUGGGAAACAAUAUACUGCCCUAGUUAAACCAUCGGUUUAACCCAGCAGCGCUGCUCUUGCAUUCUCAAGAGGAGAAAUGCAGCUACUUUUCAAGUCUGAUACUCUGCUCUGCAAAAUAAAUUUUGAUGCAGAUUGAAUCAUUUCUCUGUACAGUCGCUAGAAAGCAAUUGCAUGUCUAUACCUUUCAUUCUGUGAAAGGGUAGAAUUUAUUAAGAAUUCCAGGGGACCAAUUUGCAGCUUCUGAGUUUUUCAGGGCUUUUAUUGGAACAGUGAAGAUACAUAUUUUAUUCUGGUUCAUUUUACCUUUAUGCUCUUUUUCUACAGUGUACAAUAUCGGUUUCCAAAAUUUUAAAGGAUUAUUCUAAUCCUAUAUUUUAUGAUGUGUUCCUUGAAUAUUAUGAUGAAGAAGAUGGACAACAGUACCUUUGGGCAGUGCCAGUGUUAAACUUAAAUCUUCAGUAUAAUGAAAUGUUUGUGAACCGAGGUAAGAACAUUCAGUCUCUAUUCUCAGUGAGUUUAGAUUAUAUACAUUCUGUUACAUGCAAUAAUUCUAGGUUUUUGGCAACAUAUUGUUUCACUAUAAUUAUGUUUGUGAUGUAAUAUCACACAAGUCUUCUUUUGUAAACAGUCACCUUGUUUGAACAUAAUGUGACAAAGUCACAAACCUUUUUUCUCCUGAGGACUGCAGUUCAUUGUAAUGCAUGUUGACAAUUGAUGGUACCAGAGCCAAGCGACAUUCUUUGUUGCUCCCCAUAAUCUUACAAAAGAAAGGGUAGUGGUGGUGAUCUAACGAAAGAGAGAGUGAGUGCUGGGUGGCAAUAACUUUAGUAUUACAUGAAGAAGCCUCAGGUUGCCCUCUCUUCCAGUGCAGCACUUAAAAAUACGCUUUCACUUCUGAUUUCAGUUAAUUUGCAAUUUACUGUUGCACGUGAACUCUAAACUAUUUUUUUUAAGAAGCUAGCUUCAUGAACCACUGCUUUAAAUUGAUAGUUUCAGUAAAGCAUAGUUAAAACUAACCACAGUUUGUCCAAUUUUCUCAUGGCCUCAGUAGAGGAGGGAUGGGGGGAGGCACACAGUCCUGAGGCUCAUUCACAUAACGCUACACCAUAGUUUAGUGUUAUGUCCAAACAAGGUCAUUGACUUCAAGGAGAAUUUGAAAUGUAGUUUAUAUGAAGAGGUUGUUGAUUUUGAAAUGAGAGUCAGAAUUUUGAUAGAUCAUUCUUAUUACAGCUUUCCCUGUUGAAUUAGAAGCAUGACAUAGUAAACCUGCAUCUGAAAACAAGGAAAUGUUCAUUUCUCUCUGAAAAUUUACUUGCCCUAGUUUCUUUACUACUUAUCAUUUUCACAUGUUAAUAUUUUUUAAAGCAUGUUUCAUUAUUUCUUCAUUACACUGCUACUGUUCUAUAUUUAAGUUUUUUGCUUUGAAAAUUUAAUUUUACAUUUUUUUAAAAAAAGGUAGCAAUAUGAACAAUUGGCUUUUGACGCGUCGAAUGUUUUUGGUGGAUACUUUAAGUGGACAAGAAAAUGACUUAGGAAACCAGCCAAGAAUAAUCAGAAUUGCUAGUGAAAUAACAAUCAGGUGAGAUCACAUGACAAGGUACUACCAGCUAUAGAUUCCGAAUUAUAAAUUUGACAUUACCAUGAUUAACUUAUAAUUUACUUGUUAUCAUUAUUUACGUUAUUUGUUGUGAGAAAAGAUUUAAUAAAUUUUGCAAGGCACUUAGCAUACUAACAACGCAAUCCUGCAUGUGUUGGCUCAGAACUAAUGUGCUUUUAAAAUUUAAUGGCAUCUUGCCUCUUUGGGAAUGGAAGACAGUUUAAAAGGAAAACCUAUUCUGUACAUAUGGUUCAUUACAGAAAAUCAACAGUUCUUUUACUGCAAGGCAGACUAAAAUUAAUUUAAUUUUUGACUUUGUGUAUGCACAUCACAGUUGAUUAUUAUAACCAUUGUUAAAAUAAAGUUUUAUUGAUCAGAGAGCCCAGUUUUUGUUUAGUGUCUAACUUCUUAUCACCUUUUAUUUCCUUGUUAACAUUGUGUUGUGUAUAUUUCUGCAGUAUUCGUCUUGUGCCUAACACUCAGAGAGGAGCCAUUUAUCCCCCUCUGAUUACAAUUGCGUACAGUGAUGUUCUGGUUCAGAAUCCCGGUGCUGAGAAUGUGGUGGUGAGUUCCUAUGUAGCUCCAGCAAUUACUUGAAUUUCCCUGGCAUCAUUCAGCAGUAAAUCAAUCAAUCAAAACUGGUAUAGGUGAGGUACAUAAUGCCAAGGAAUCGAAUAAUGAACACUAUUUACGAACUAGCAAAAAUAAUAAGGCCAUAACGGUACAGAUUUCACAUUUUAAAUUAACAGCAAAAUCAGGCAUGUUUUCAAAAGGGUCAGAAUAUACUGAAUAAAAAUAAGCUCUUCCUUCUUGUACCCUGCCUGCCUGAUGACUGUCCAAAAGGCAGCAAAUUCAUCUAUGAAGAUUCUUCAGUUUUGUUCAAACUUAUUGCGGAAGAAAUGGUUCUGAUGAACAAGUAGUAGUUUCUGCUUUCCCCAUGUGUGUAGCUGUGUUGGAGGCAACAUGUCUCUGAAUACCACUUGCUGGGAACCACAGGUGGGGAGAGUGCUGUUAUGCUCAGGUCCUGUAUUUGGGCUUCCCAUGAGCAUCUGAUUGGCCUGUGAGGACCGGUUGCAUGACUACAUUUGGCCUGAUUCAGUUUUUUUUUCUUACAUUCUCAUGUGUAUGGUCCUGGUCCUCUCCUCCUAUUACUUCUUGGUUCCUAAAUAGGGCUGCAUCUGGAAUUUCCUGGACAUAGCUGGGAUUCAUCCUUCAAAAAUGGCGUCUGGGUGGAAUUUUCAAAAAUCGCUUGAAAUGUCCAGGGAAACCCAGUUGUAUGGCAGCCCAUAUGGGAAGUGGUGUGUAUUUUUGGGUUUUUUUAUUUCCCCCCAAAUAGCUUAAAAACUUAACUUUGCCCCAAAAAUAAUAAAAGCUCAGCCUUAUAAUUGCAACCAACUCAUUGCAGGAGCAGUGAUUGCUAGAUAGGAUUCAGUAGUGGUGUCACAUGUCCCCAGCUACACCCUGGUUCACUGCUACCAGUGGCUGCCUCUACCAAACAGCCCAAAGCUUUCCUGGGUCUUGACGACAUCAUCUUUAGGUAGCGUGGCGUAAUAGACACACAGAGACCACAAGGCUUUAUGAACCAAAUUUUAAAGCUUACUUAGCAAGCAGAUUAAUCUUAGGUAAAAAAUUUAUCUUCUGAAUGGUUGCAAGCACACAAAUCAAUCCCAAAAGAGCAAAAGGAUAAUUAAAACAGGAUGAACACAUCUAGCUAAUUUUAUCAAAAAGGCUUCCUGCUGGCUAAAAUUCUGAUAGGGAGCUUGAAAUUCUUCAGAUCUUCCUGGGAGCCACCUCUCUAUCUCUCAAGGCUACCCUGUUUCUUAUAUCCCAAUCCACAAACAAACCAAACAUCAAGAAAGUACACUUUAGUCUUAAUUCCCUCUGCAAGUCAGACUGCCUGAAAUCCAUACUUUUAAUGCCUGCUGAAGUGAAUACCUGCCAGUCAAUGUUGGCAUUAGGAAGCAAAUUAACUCCAUAAUUCCCAAACCAAACUAUCUACAAAUUUUGCAAAGUUCACUUACUGAGUAUUGGCAUGAGUGAUCUGUUGUAGUAUCUUCCAAAUCCCAGAUAAAAUUCUGUAUGUAGACCAUAGAUAUUGGCAGGCAUUUCCAACACUAUAUUCAUUCCUCGGUUAAAAAUAAUUUCAUACAAUUGCAGGCAAUUUUCAUGCAAAACUAGUAUUUCUGUUGUCAAUGACUGUGUUAUUCAUUCCUUUCAGUAAACUCCAUGGUUUCUACUGGAAAAGCUAUGCAACCACAUCUUUUCUUAAUGUAAUUCUCCCUCUUUUCAUGCUUUCAUGGCAACAAAUUCUUGUGCCAAAACUUUUAAAAGUGCUCAACACAUCGAAUUAGCGACUCUUAACUUAACAUUCUGUUUUACUUAUUUAUUUUUUAUGUAUUGUAAUUUAAUGCAGCAUGAAAUGUGGCAGUCAGGAUAGAAUGAUUUAUUGGAGUGUUAAUGGAAUUGUUUCACUGUUCAGGUUUCCUUCUCAGUCAACUAUGAAAUGAACCAGUCGGAGGCUCGCAUUCAGACUGAUGUAAGUUUUCUCUCCUCAUCAAAUGUUAAUUCCUUUACUGUAUGCUUGCUGAUUUCUGUACAAAAUGCAGCAGAAGCAUAACUCUUGAUUUAUUUAUCUUUUCCUGCAGAUAGCUCUAGGUGUUUUGGGUGGCCUGGCAGUUCUAUGGUCCCUUCUCAAGACAGCUGGCUGGAAGAGGCGUAUAGGGAGCCCCAUGAUUGACCUACAGGUAUGAACGAUCGGGAAUCCUAGCAGAUAAUACUUUUUACACAUAAUAUUUACAGUUUUAUAUCAGUUUGGAGGUAUCCAAAGUUCUUCAUGUACAUAAACCCAGUAAUCUUUACAAUUUUUGUAAAUUGGUCAUUAUUAUUAUUCCUAUAUAAUGGAAUGGGGAGGGCAAAGGUUAAUUAAAUCCUAGUGUGUUAAUGACUGAGGACUUAAGUAGUACACACACUUAACCACUAUACUACACCAUACCAACUGUUGCAGGAUAUAUGUUUCCGAGCGUAGGUCUUCUGUGCCUUUCAUGUCUCAUGUUGAGAAAAGCAUCAGAGUAGAUACUGGGGGUUAACUUGGGUAAAUAGAUCUAGGGAGAUGUUGGGAGAAUAUGGCUGUUAUACGGUAUCUGGUUUGAACCCCUGAGAAUCUUUACAGAUCAUGGAGGAUUUUGGUGAAAUGUGGAAGGAGACCCACUAGGAAACUGUUUAUGGCCAGACAAAGUCGGGAUUGUGAACCAGAAAGAUGGUCACAUCAUAGUAAGUUGUAUGAAGAAGAGCCAGAGAUCAAUGAAGCCAAAGUUGCAGAUAGUCUAAGGAAGCAGAGACUGGCAAGUGGGGAGUAAUGGACCACAGAAAUCUGUCUUUUGCCAAAUCAGUCCCUCUUGGUCAAUAUGUUACUCUAAAUGGCAGCAGCUUCCCAGGGUUUGAGACCAGAGUCUUUCUCAGUCUUACCUGGAGGUGCUGGGAAUCACUUCUUGGGCUUUCUGCAUGCAGUUUGUUCUCCCUCUCUGACUUCCGGAGCUCCCCCAGGCUAGAUAUAGGCUGGGAGGAAAGAAAAGCUAAGAAGCACAAAAUGGGAGCCUGAGCUAAAAACACUGAACCUGACCUUCAAGCUUUUACCUUCUAGUUUUUUUGUGACUGUAAGCUGUUCUAAACGGUUUUAAAUGUUGUAUUUUAAAUUGUUGUAAUCUGCCCUGGAUCUGUAGGGGUGAAGUGCAGGCAAUAAAUUAAAAUAAUAAUAGUAAUAGUAGAAGGGUUCAGUCAGGGAUGACCAAGUAGGUCUGGUGGAUCAGGGAAGGCUGAGUCUACUGCUAAUGAAGAUCUGCUGUAUUGGUGGCUUAUGGAAAUAAAUAGUUGGGCACUGGAUCCACAGUACUUGUUCAUGAUGCUUACACAUAUCAGGAUGGCAGGGGAAAUCCUGACUUUCUUUGUCUUACUGUUAUAACUAUGAAGUGAUGGCUGCAGAUCAUCCUUGGAAUUCAAAACAAAUGAAGAAUAAUUGUAUUAUUCUUUAGCUGCUCCUCUUUUUAUUUGAUAAUGGUUGCUUUUAUAAAAAGAGAUUACGCGGAGUCUUUCAAGGAGUGAUUUUUUAUUUCAUUUUUAAGGCUAUAGCUGAAUCACUGCAUAAAGUUACUAGAUACAGGUGUAGAGACAAUGUGUAAGAAUAUAAUUUCUGUCUGUCUCUGUUGGGACACCUUUCUGUAAUUGCACCUAACACAUUUGUACUCUGGUGUUGUAGACAGUUCUGAAGUUCUUGCUAUUCUACUCUGGUGACCUUGCAAAUGUUUUCUUCAUCAUCUCAGUGGGAACAGGGAUAUAUUGGCUUAUAUUUUUCAAAGUAAGUUUCAUCAUAUUGUGUUUCUUUAAAGAUGAAUAAACAAUUGUGCACAUAUAAAUGUUAGAUAUGACAUCUAAAUGUUUGUGUGUUUUGUUUUCCCUUUUUGCUUUUCUCACCAGACCAUUGAGGCAAGUUGUACCUGUAAAAUAUUCUCUGUAUUUGUCCUUUAUACUUUACCUCUUCCUCUAACUUUAAAUGUGCAUGCAGUAGUCAACAGAGAUAGUUUUUUUUUUAAAAAAAAUGCUCCAAAUCCUAAUUUUCAUCAAGCUCUCGUAACUUUGGCAAAAGCAACCACUAUUUUAAAUUCAGUUGUAGAAAUUGUAUGAUAUGAUUCAACAUACAUGUAGUUACAGCUUCUUUGAUUUAAUGAAGACCCUUCACUCCACAGGCACAGCAGUAUGUCUCUGUUCUCUUACCAUUACCAAGUCAAGAAGACAAUUUUGUUUCUUACAUUGGAUGUGCUUUUGCUCUUAAGGUAAGCAGUAGGGCCAUGCUCUGGAUUUGUCUAAGCCCUGAGCAGAAACUGGCUUGUUCAGAGGGACUCAGGCAUCAGAUGAGUCGGAUACAGAGAAGCAGAGAAGCCUCUUGCUGUUAAGCAGAGGUACCAAUACUUCCUGACACAGGGAACUCUUUUGCAAGCAAAUUCUCUGCAGACCCCACCCCCGGUCAGUUGGGAGAGGAAUGUUUUAUUAGUUUUUUUUAACUAAUUAAACAUAAGCCUUGCCCCCCAAACUAUGUUGGAACUGGAUCCAUGGUGGGGUGAGUGCCUCCCAGGUUAGCCCUGGGAGGGUCAUCCAAAUCUCAAGGGUAGGGGGAGCCUUGUGCAGAGCCCUAAUAAUUAAUUAAUACUGUGGUUAAUUUUGUCUUCUAAAUGAAAAAUUGUAUCAGGGUUAGCAUUUUUAGCACAAGCUGCAGUUCUCUCCAGUUCUGCUGUUUUCUAGAGAAAGAAAAAUGGUUUCAGUGGUAAGGUAUCACUUCUUUUAUUUGUCUUCCAAUAGCAAAAGAUUUUAAAAAGAGAGACCUAACAGCAGAAACAGGCAAAUUAAGGAGACUGGCCUUUGCUAGAACUUGAGAGGGGACUUGUAUGCAGAAUUUUGACUAGAAAGCCAAGCCAGACUCAGCCCCGCCUCUAAACUGUAGUAGUAACAAUGGACUACCAUUGGAGGACUGUGGCAAGCCUCACUCUCCCAUUCAUACCCUCACCCCAGCUGCUGCCUUGCAAUAUAGAAAUAAUGGGUUAUUGACACUAGCAGGGCACAUUUGUCUUUCAGUGUUUUAAAGCUAAACAAAAAUAUUUUUUUCAAAUGAAAUAAAACUUGAGUUGGAAUACAAUGUUUCAUAUCCAACAUUGCUGUCCCACUAAUGCAGCAGAUUUCCACUUGGGCAACAAAAGGCUCCUCUCCUCUCCUCUUCCCUUCAGCACCCCAUGCUCUCUCAAAAUCUGCUCCAGAUGUUUUAAGGGCCCUGGAAGAGUAGAGGAAGAGCAUUGGAUGCAACCCAAUAUCCAGUCUGUUUUUGCAGAGGGAGAACUGCCACUGGCUAACCACAGCUAUGCUACAAACUAUGGGCAUCAGGUUAGCCUCUUGGAGAUCAGUAUGUUGAACUAGGGAGGCCUUUGGUCUGAUCCAGCAGUGGUCUUCUAAUGUUCUUAUGUCCCAUUGAACUCAAUGGAACUUGCAUCUCCAUGUGAGUAGGAUUUACACAGCGACAGUCCCAUAGAUUUCAGGGGGACAGGUGUAAGCACAUGUUCUUUCACAGCAAUCUUUGGAAGUUAAAGGUUCCUAAUUUUUAACUGACCCAGUUAACUGACCCAGCCAAACUAGCAGCAGGUUUUUCAAGUGGAAUUACACUUUAAUAUACUACCCAUGAUCUUGAGUUGCCCCCACCAACCCUAAUGCAGCCAGCUCCUGUUGAUGGAUAUAAGAAGUGGAAAUAUUAAUCAGGAAUGAAUUUUUAUCCUAUUUCUGCAGCCAGGUUUUCUGGAUUGCAACAGAAAUUGUACAAUUCUGAAUGAUGACUUCCUGUUUUUAAUUAGUUGUCUUCCUUUCCUAAAUGCUAAUUUAGGUUUAUUUUUGUUUCAUUAAAUGGUUUCCUUAGGCACUGCAGUUUUUGCAUCUGCUUGUUUCCCAACUUACAGUAGAUAUCUUUUUCAUCGACUGGGAGCGCCCUAAAGGAAAAGUUCUUAAAGCAGUUGAAGGUAUGUGUUCCUACAGCUUCUGUCAGCCCUAGUCAGCAUUGUUAGUGGCCAGGGAUGAUGGGAGUUGCAAUAUCCAGAUAGCCACAGGCUUACCAUCCCUUUUCUACGUGAAUGUAUGGAAUAGCCCCCCAAAAUUAGGAAUAUUUCCAUGUCCCAGCUGUAGUCAGUUAAGAUACUGUUUUAUUUGAAUGUGGGCAACAUCUAACGAAGUAGCGCUGUUGACGCAAGGAUUUCCACCUGUGCAGCAGAACUCCCCGCCGCCGCCGCCGCCGCCGCCUCCUCUCCCCGUGUGCCCCUGGCAUCCUCUGCAGAAGACAUUUAGGGGGUGUAUGGAGAGAAUGGAGUGUUUCCUCGCAGAGUCUGAAGUCCUUGUGCUAAAUGAACUUUUGCAUUGGAUACCACCCUUUGUGCUGCCACUAAUAACUGGCCAUGUUCCUAUGCCUAUGGCUUCCUUUUAAAGCACUAAAUGAUUUGUGACGUAUAUAAACUAGCUGGGGCCCUAAGAUUGGCUCCAGAAGCCUGGUCACAGACACACUAUUGUGUCCCCCUCCCAUGGGAUGUAUGUUUGGCCUUCAAUUUUUAAUUGCUUUCAAACAGGCAUUAAAUACCUUUUUAUUCCUAUCUGCUUUUAAUUACUGAUAAUGGUUUGAAGUUUUUUUACGGUUUCUUUCUUGGUCUUUUACAUUAUUUGGAUUGGGAUAUUUUUAAUUCUUCUGUCUUUAGUUUUCCUGUCUUAAUGUAUUUUAUAAGUCUUUAUAUUAUAGCUUGUUUUUGAGAUUACUGUUUAUUAUAUUGUGUUAAAAUGUAUUUUAAUAGAUGCAAGCUGCUUUGUGGAAGCUAUUUAAGCUGGAAAAGCAGGAUAUAAAGAAAUAACAUUUAAGAUCUUUACAGUUUGAACUAUGCUUCUCCACAGGAGAAAAUGGCGUAAGAAGUAUUUCUGCACCUGUCAGCAUAUGGAGAACGUAUUUCAUAGCAAAUGAGUGGAACGAAAUUCAAACCGUCAGGAAAAUAAAUCCUCUCUUCCAAGUGCUUGCUAUUCUCUUCUUCUUAGAGGUGACUUUCAGAUUUCAUGAUCAUUCAUUUGAUUUUUGAUCUUUCUAAAGAAGUUGGGUAAACUGAUGGAAUGUAACCAAUGAAGUCGUCCCAUUCGUGCAGGGACUUCUGCCUGCACAACAGGACUUCCCCUCUGCUCCUUCUGAACAAUCCCUCAACUGUUCUGGGGGUUCCCCAACCUUUCCCAAGCAGAUUUGUAGGAAGUAUGUGCGUUAACAGGGCAACUUGGUCGGAUACAACCCAAUGGUUAUAUUGUGUGCUGGUGUGCUGCUUCUUUUUUUAUUAUGAGCUCCCAUAGUUCAGUUUUAGUUCUGUUAUCUAUGUACUUAGUGUGAGCCACAGAAGUUGUAUCUUAAAAACAAAUAGCAUGACACAACUAGACAUCAGUUAUAAUCUAUUCAUCAUGCAGCAUCAGCUGAAAUACUUGUUCUAGCUGAAUUAAAUGAUUAGCAAAUGCUUUCUCCUGCGCACAUAAUGAGAAGGCAGGUGAGGACUAAUUGUCUUGUGCAUAUAUUAUUAGUGAACAGGACAAGAGCUCUGUUAUUGCUGUUUCUGUGCAACCUGCAGAGCUAUUACUAGUAUUGCCUUCAUUUUAGACUUGCUUUUCCAUAACAAUACUUUGCAGAUUCGAUUCUUGGCUGCCAAGUGAUACUUAUGAUGCAGGAAGUGAAGCAAGCUGCUCAGCGAAAUACUUGACAUCAUAAAGCAGAAUUACAAUCAAUGUUCAUUCAUCGGAAUGGUCAAAUCUUUAAGUUCCGGAGCUAAAAUUAUCCUGUUCUAGUGUUAAUUUUUGCUAAGUCUUAACUAAAAAUGGCUCAGCUGGCUUUGGAAGGGAGCUGAAAGUACAGCUCAUGAAAUUGUUAUAUUUUGAUUUUAUAGAAUCCUCUUCCGGUUUUAUCUAGCAUAAUCCACUACAUCUGCAUCAUCAUUGCAAGUCUUUCUGUACCAUGUGUAGAAUUAUUAUUUUUAUCUGAAUAAAAGUAUAGAUCAAUAAAAUAUUACCUCAUGGUCAAAGAUAUACACUAAAAUAACAGAACACAACAAGUCCAGCAAUUUAGAAGAUCUUUGUUAAUGCAGAUUACUAAUGAGAUACUUUUUGGUAUUUUCAAAAUUACGCUUUCAGGUUGUGGGGUUUUCAAAUCUGGCCUUAAUGGAUUCUUCUUCCAGUCUUGAAAGGAGCCCAGAAAGUUACAUAGCUCCCUGGAGUCGUAUUCUGAGAUUUGGCGUGUCUGCUGUCCUUUGGCUAGUGAUUGCCAUAAUACAGGUAGACCUUUCCAUUACCACUAUAUAUUUAACUGUCUUCACUUCAAGUUAUACAGAUUUGCCUUUGUUGAUUUUGUUGUUGUUAAAAGAUUAUAAUUCUGGUUGUAUUGGAUGUCCUUGGAAAGGCACAAACUAAGUAUUUGUGUGUUUCUAUAUUUUUCUUUAGAGGUGAUUAUUUGGAGAUCUGUUUUCAUUGGGAAGAACGUAGAAGUUGACAUCCAUCAAUUAUUAGCAUAAAAGGCCUCAAUUGGUGUUAGUGAUCUGCUCUAACAAAACUUGUUUGUACACGUGUGUGCAUACCUGCUGUGUGACAUACCUGUGAAUAUACAGUGGAAAAUCAACUUUCUGCUGGAAUUCUAUUGGUGCAUUUGAACUUUGGAAAAUUCAAAAGAUACUUGGAAAAACGUGGUUUAAAAUAUCUAAUUGCAAUUUGAAAUACAUGUGCUAUUGGAAAUAGUUCAAACAGAAUCCUCAGAUAAGGGAAGAUUAUUGAAGACAAAACAAAGAAUGGGCCUCUCCUUGCAGUUUUCACACAUAGUUGAAAGAGAAUAAAAACAAAGGAGGGGAGGAGCAGCAGCAGCAGGAAUGCUCAACUGAGAGUGCAGUUUCCAGAUUUCUCAAGAAAGGAAAAAACACAAAAAAAACCCAGAAUUGCUAAGUCACCUCUAGGUCAUUAGUCAAGAACAGGCAUAGGCAAACUCUGCCCUCCAGAUGUUUUGAGACUACAAUUCCCAUUAUCCCUGACCACUGACCCUGUUAGCUAGGGAUGAUGGGAGUUGUAGUCCCAAAACAUCUGGAGGGCCUAUGCCUGGUCAACAACAUAGGGGCAGACAAAACAUAACUGCCCAGCAUCCCAGACUGAAGUAAUUUGAGAUCAACACACUACAUCCCAGCUUUUGCUUUUCUAAAUUACCCCCAUCUUUGGAGGAGGCAGAAUGCCUUGGACUUUAUAAAACAGUGGCAUAACAGGCAGCUCGUGGCUUAUACUCUUAUGACUGUUUCUGUUUAAAACUGGCCCCUAAAGCAGAGAAAUUGAAAGUGCACGUCGUUAAUUCAUUAGUAAAUCUGAUUUGUUACAGGUGAUAUACUUUUCUGUCUUCUAUGAAAGAUUUAUAGAAGAUAAGAUAAGGCAGUUUGUCGACUUGUGCUGUAUGAGCAAUGUAAGUAUUCGAUCAUUUUAUGCUUCCAAUUAGUGGCUUUCUCUGUGAAGUAUGUUAAUGCUUUAGAAUGCUAUAAAGAUGUAGUUAGUUUUGUUCUAACAGUUAGCAUAGUAUAGCAAUUAAUAAACCAGAGUUGCUGCUCUUUAUUCCACCAGUUCUUUGCCAAAAUCUCAACAGAGUUUGAUGUCUUUCUCACUUGUGUAACAAGGAGAAGACAAUACUAUAUAUAGUUUAGUAGACUCAGGACCCUCAACAGUAAUUUGAGAAUCAACCCAGACCUCUCAUCCUCACUCUACGAGUCAAGUAGGGAAGGGGGGGUGAACUAUCUACAAGCACAUCCUCUUUCUCACAGAUGUGCACACACAGGUUUAUAGAUGCCUAGAAGAAAGAUAUGCCCAGUUUCAAAAUAUAUUGUAUCUCACUAACUGCAUCAUGGUGGAACGUAACUCAUAAAUAAUAACUGCAAAAUAGAUUAGUUGUCCAGAAUUUUGCUUUCUUGUGCAAAGAAUCUUCAUAGCCAUUGAAAAGAAACACUGUAAAGUUAUAUUACUAUUUGAAUCUGUAUCUUUUAAGAUGCUGAAUUUUAUUUUUCUUACAUUGUAGAUUUCAGUCUUUCUGUUGUCACACAGAUGCUUUGGGUAUUAUAUUCAUGGUCGGUCUGUGCAUGGGCAUUCAGAUACCAAUAUGGAAGAGAUGAAUAUGAACCUAAAGAGGGAAGCGGUAUGUAAAACAGCUAGGAAGGGGAAUCCCAAAACUCACUUAUAUCAAGAAUCCAUGCACAAGAACUUUAGUUAUUUUGUAUUUCAUUGUACUUCAAUAUGUGCUUAACUGUUGCCACUCUUGGGGGGGGGUGAGAGAGAUUUAAGAGUAGGUCAAGCAGUAAAAUCGGUUGCAUUUUCUAGAAUCCUUUUUACACCCUCAAAUAUUUUUUCUUGCUUAUAAUUUUGAACUGACUCCUAUGCUUUAUCAACAACUGCAUCUGAAACUCCUCUUUCUUUCAUAAACAAUUCAUCACACCAGAAUGGGGUAUUGAUGUUUCAGAGAAAGAAAUAGAAACCACCCUUUUACACACCGAACUUAUUUGUCCUUUGUAUCCUUGCCCAUAUUUUUAAAAGCUUGUAUUUUUUCACUUUUUCCUUUUCUAUUUUCUCUGGCUUAUAAAUAGCAUUUCUAGUGCAGAACAGCAGUGCAUUAAUAAUUAUUAAUUAUUAUUAUUAUAACUUAACUAUCAGUACAAAAGGGUAAAAGCAGAUGUUGCUCAGGUUCAGCGGAAUGGAUAAUAAAUUCUUGAGUUCAUUCCUUGUUCAAGUUGUUCCAGCAAUUCUGCUUUAUGUCAUUUCCUUAGGAAAAUCUGUGUAGUCAAAGAGGCUUGUUACCAAACACAGAUGGUCAGACUUUUCAGAUUUCCAUUUCAAGCAAGAUGAGGCAGCAGUAUGACAGGAUCCAUGAAACAUUAACAAGGGUAUGUAUAUUAUUGGCAGACUUGCUGCGCUGUCCUCUGGGUUUAAAAUGUCCUUGUCCAGAUGGAUUCUAGUUCAAGAAGACAUAGAAUCUUCCACAUCUAUUUUUCUUAAUCUUAUAUACCCUUUACCGCAAGGGCAUCUUCAUUCUUCUGACCAUUCAUUGUGCAUAUGGAUCAUUCACACACAGACAAAAACAGAUGAUAUGAGUGAAGUUUACAUUGUGCAUCUUUGUAUGGAAUGCUUGCAUGUGAACUGUGGCCUCUCAGGACAGCAGUGCCUUUUGUCUAUGAGUAUUGUUUUGUGUCUGGGUCCUUUAAGUAUCCGUGUGGCAGAACCUUGAUGUCCAAAAACUGAAAUUGAAGAUAUGACACAUGGUGUUGAAUGCUGUUCUAGUGCUGGUACAUACCUUUAAAGCCUUACUUGACUUGGGUCCCAACUACCUUAGGGAUCACCUCUUCACAUACCAGCCUGCCUACAUCUUAACAUUUUCUGCUGAGUUCCUGGUCUUAAGUGUUGUCCUCAGAAGUACAGUUUAUUUACCCAUGCAUUUUAAUUUGUACAACCCCUUAGUCUGUGUUAUAAUUGUAUCUGCUGUCUUUUAUUAUAAUUUCUAGUGUGAAUGUUUUACUAUAUUGUAUUAGAUUUUAUAGGGACACGGGUGGCGCUGUGGGUUAAACCACAGAGCCUAGGACUUGCCAAUCAGAAGGUUGGCAGUUUGAAUCCCCGCGAUGGGGUGAGCUCCCGGUUGCUCGGUCCCUGCUCCUGCCAACCUAGCAGUUCGAAAGCACGUCAAAGUGCAAGUAGAUAAAUAGGUACCACUCCGGCAGGAAGAUAAACGGCAUUUCCAUACGCUGCUCUGGUUCGCCAGAAGCGGCUUAGUCAUGCUGGCCACAUGACCCAGAAGCUGUACGCUAGCUCCCUUGGCCAAUAAAGCGAGAUGAGCGCUGCAACCCCAGAGUCGGCCACUACUGGACCUAAUGGUCAGGGGUCCCUUUACCUUUACCUUUACCUUUUAUUAGGUUUUAUAAAAAUUAUUAUCUAUAUUCCAUCCUGGAAUCAGUUUUGAUGAAAUGUUGUACAGAAAUGUUUUAAAUCAGUCAAUAAGUAUUCAUACCACCAGUCAUUAAAAACAGAUCACAACUGGACUUUGAUAGAACUUACUGUAUUUUCAGCUGUGUGUUUCUGUGAAUUUCUUCUACUAGGACCAUCUUCUGGAUCAGUGGAUCAUUGGGUCCAGUGAGUGGUUUAGAAUUUUGUGCACUCUUACAUGAUGUUAAGGACAAUUUUCUGAAGCAGGGAGCCUCCUGUAUUCACAGAGGCCUCCUGUGAGUUUUAGACCCUGGAUUUUCUAGGAUUCCAAAACACGUGGGAAACCUCUAGAAGAACAGGAAGCUCAGUGCUUCCAAAGAUUGUCCAUAAACUAUUUUACACAUCCAUUAUGUCAAAUGAGACCUUGUGUGCAUUUUAAAAUCAUUUGUAUUUCUUUUUCUCCCCAGAAACAGGGUCCUGUUAGACUUUUGAAUUCAUCUGCGACUACAUUUGAGCAGAGUACUAAAGCAUAUCAUACCAUGAAUAAAUUUCUAGGCUCAUUUAUUGAUCAUGUGAGUAUCACAAUUAACAUUUAAUAAAAAGAUUGAAUAAUGUUUUUGAUGUUAAGGGGCUGCGAUUUAGCCUCUGUUUUCAUGUGAUCCUGUAGAGUAGAGAAUGUGCUGUGCAGAUGCUGGUACACUGCCCUGCAGUCAACACCACAGAUGUUGAUCACUUGUAUAACAAGUUGAUACAAGAUCACCUUACUCUCUGUUGAUUUUCCAGUGCCUUUUGAUAACUUUUGUUUCUUCGCUUUUGGAAAGUCUUUGGCCUGAUCCUUUUUAUUUUAUUUUUAUUUUUUACUCCCUCCCUGAAUGUUUUUCUUUUUGUAGUUUUCUAUUCUGCUGCUUUUGAUGUGUGUUUCUAAAGUUGCUAUAUUCUUGUUGUUUGCUUUUAAUUUGUUACAUCAACCAUCUUUAGUUCUUUGUUCUGAAGUGCAAAGGUGGGUUAUAAACCCCUAAAUAAAUAAAAUAGUGCUUUUCUUUGUUUCUUAGAAGUGCUUUUAUAAUGAAAAGUUUGUUUUGUUUUUCCACUUAUAGGUUCAUAAGGAGAUGGAUUACAUUGUAAAGGACAAAUUGCUGCUGGAGAAAAUCCUUGGAAUGGAGUUCAUGGAACCAAUGGAAAAGAGCAUCUUUUACAAUGGUAUUAUCAAUCUAGAUGUUAAAUUUUUAUGUUAGGUGAGCAGAUGAAUCCUAAUGGCUUGUGUCUACAAGAGUCCCAGCAAUUUCUGUGGUUUAUUUUUUGACCAAGCACUUGAAUGCUACUGGAGCAUGCCAGAAAUGCAUCAAGCAGUAUGGAGUUUAAAUUCUCCAGUACCUAGGAGAAAUGAAAUUUGCCUACAAAUAAAUGAAUCACAUAAUAGUAGGAGAAGCGAAGGUAUAUCUGAAAUAGGAAAAAACAUUGUUAUUCAUCCAUGUAAGAAAAGCUUCACUAGCAAUAUAUGAGUCUGCUGGAUAAGGUCAGUGGCUCAUCUAGUCCCAAUUGGUGUCCUCUGCAAAUUUGAUGCACAUCCCCUCAAUUCCUUCAUCCAAGUCAUUUAUAAAGACAUUGAACAACAAUGGGCCCAGGACAGAAUCCUGCAGCAGCCCACUUGUCACUUUUGAGGAACUAUUAAUAAGCACUCUUUGGGCUCAAUCAGUCAACCAGCUACAAAUCCACCUAACGGUAACCUCGCUCAGCCCACAUUCUACUAGCUUUUCUGCAAGAAUAUAAUGGAGGACUUUGUCAGAACCUUGGCUGAGAUCAAGAUCAAGAUGGCUGAGAUCAGAAUACACUAUGUCCACAGCAUUCCCAGCCUUCUCUCUCAACUUGAUGUCAGGACUUGAAACUUCCACUUAGAUGUCAAAGGUGUCUUAUCCCACAGUGUUUGUUUAGACAGAACCUGUUUCAUCUUGAACUUUGUAGUCCUUCCAGCACUGCACUUGACAGGCAUAAUAAAAGAAGUUUCACCUGUCAUAGUGUUAGCCAUUAGUUUCAGUACUUGUUCUGCUGCAGCUAAAGCUGAUGUCCGGAGUAGUUGGACUACUAUACUUUCUUCCAUAAAGUCUAUCAAAACAAUGGAAACCAGAUGCUCCAAACUGUAUUUUUAUAGAUACUGAUUUUCAGAAAGGUCUUGAAUCUCUGCAGUGUUCUGGUAGAAGUUCCUGAGAGAGUUACAUUGGCCAGAUAACUAAGGGUUACCAGAUAACAGUAGUUGAUAAUGACACCAUAAAGUUUAGAUGGCAUUUAUUGGUUGCUAAAUUCUUAGUCCUAUAAUUUUGAAAUUUAUGUGCAUAGCUCAUGUUUUAGUCAUGCUGGAUUUGGUAUCUUUAAAACAUAUGAUUUUGAGGUGGAGUUGUUUUUUUGUUGUUCUAAGUUAUAUAAUAAAAUAUACUCAGAGAGAUCAGUAAGAAUGUUCAGAAUGAGUCUUGGUAAUCUGCUUCUGAUUUUUAAACAGUAAGCACUUAACGGACCUCUGUGCACAACGGGAUGUCAUACAAUACAAAGUCAUUUUAUAAAAUUAAGUUGUUGCAGCUUUCUCGGUAAAGGGAUGAAAUAACUGUAUCUAUUGCAGAUUAUUAUGUUUCUAACUUUUUGUUUCAGUUUACUUUUGUUGUUUUUAUCCAUUCUCUAGAAGCUUUUCUCCCAUUGUACCGCUUUUUUGAUGCAGAUAUUAUACAUGUUUUUCAACAGGUUGUUUCCUUAUUUGCAGAUGAAGGACAUUCUUUCAGUGAUGUGCUAUAUUAUGGCAAUGAAGCCACACUUCUCAUCUUCGACAUGCUGUUUUUCACCAUCGUGGAUAUGGCCACCCAAAGUUUUGUUUUAGCAGCUGUCCUGACGUAUUUGCAACAAGAGGUAAGCCUCUUUAUUGGAAUGGAGUAGAGAAUGUUGUUGUUUUUUAAAUGAUAGCAUAUAGUAGUUUGUAUUCUCAGUUAUCUACAAAAUGUAUUAUUAGACAUCACAGAUAAUUGUUUGUUUGUUUAUUCCUAAGAUUGCUAGGCACUGUUAAAAAAGCAAAACAGGUCUGCAAACGUGCAGUCCUAAGAGCCAGUGUGGUGUAGUGGUUAAGAGCAGUGGACUCGUAAUCUGGUGAACCAGGUUUGCGUCCCCGCUCCUCCACAUGCAGCUGCUGGGUGGCCUUGGGCUAGUCACACUUCUCUCUGAAGCCUCUCAGCCCCACUCACCUCAGUGUUUUUGUUGUGGGGGAGGAAGGGAAAGGAGAUUGUUAGCCGCUUUGAGACUCCUUAGGGUAGUGAUAAAACGGGAUAUCACUGGAACAAAACAGGACUCCAAUGCUAUGGAAGUUUCUACUGGAGGCAGUGUAGGAGAGAUGUUUUUUACUGUCCCCCCCCCCACACACACACACAACCACCACCUCCCAAGCGGCUCCCAAAUAUCUCCCAACCCUCCAGAGCUGUUUUUCAGGGCAUAUAGGGGAAAGGAGAAAUGAGCAAAAAUCAUCUCUCCCCCUCCCUUCCUCCAGUGAAAUCUCAUGUAAGCAGAACUCUACUCACUGCAAACCUGCAUCCAACCCAAAAUACAUUGGAAAAGAAAGGGAAAGGGUCUAUGGUAAAAUUUAAUGACCUUUCCCAUUGAAGUCUAAUAUAUGCCAAAUAGAAUGUAUGUGUGUAUCAGGCCUAUCAUCCCGGCUAAUUUAUCUCUCCCAAGGAAGGAUAUUUUUAGAAUCUCGUCAUGCCACUUCUUGCUUCAAGUACUGUGCUAGCAGAUAUUGUAAGUUCAGUUGGGCUUUUGCAAACAUCACCCUCUGCUCGUCAAUUAGUGCAAACUGGCAAUUAGUGCAGAACUGUCUAGUACUGCCCCACUUUCCAAUAAAAUCUGCAUUGUUCAAACAACAAAGGUGCAUGUCUGCUGUAGUUCCUACUGACUCUUAAAAUGCUUUACCACAUGGCCUCUAGGAUUUUCAAAACUUUGAUUCCUAAACAUGUUAGUUUCCAAAUUUCGAAAGGAUAUCAGGCCCAUUAGCCUGACUAGACAAAACAGUUUAUAAAACUGAGCCCCAAUCUCAGUACGAGAACACAAUUCAGUGCUGGCACUGCAACCAGUUCUAGCCUUGGCAGGCCUCUUGCAUACUGCCUGCAGGCAGACUCAAAUGAAAGGGAGCAUUUGCUACGAUUGGUGGCUGUUUCUCUUCAUUUCUGGUGAUGAGAUCAUGCUGAGGCCCCCAUCAUCUACCACUGGGGCAUACAGUACAUACUGCACAAUGGUCAGUCAUAAAGCUGGGGGUUUUUUCCCUUCAUUUAUACUGUUUAGCUAUGACAACCUCUAAGUGGUGUGUAUAAGCAAUACAAUACAGAAAAUGUAAAAAUCAAUAAAACUAUAAAAUCAGGUUUCAAUUAAAAUGCCUACUGGAAUUUAAAAACAAAAACCUUAAGAAGUUCAAUGGGGGGGGCUGUCUGACCUCAACCAGAAGGGAGUUCCACAAAAUUGGGCCACCAAUAUUGAACACACCAUUCCUCUUGAAUACGAACCAUGCAUCUGAGCUGUGGAGGAACCACUAACAGUGACUCCCCUGAAGACCUCUGUGACUAAAUAUGGAUAUAGUAGAACCUCUACUUUCAACCACCUCCACUUGCAGACGUUCCAAGUUGCGACCAGGGCAAACCCAGGAGUAACCGGCAGGUUUGCCGCCAUUCGCACAUGAGCAGGCGCGGGCAAUCGCUGCCCGUGCAUGCGCACAUCGGCGCCUCUCCCAGCGACCCAUUUUGCCAUAAGGACAGGCCUCUGGAAUGGAUUGUGGUCAUGAGUAGAGGUUCCACUGUAUAAGGGAGUAGGUAUUCUGGACCCAAGUUGUUCAGGGCCUUGUGAAUUAAUGCACAAACUUUGAACUGAACCACUAGCUUAUGGGCAACAAGUGCAAGCUUUGAGGAAUGGAAUUAUGCACUGACCAUAUUCUGUCCCCAUCAAAAGUCUAGUCACAAUGUUUUGCACCAGCUGGAGCCUCAGACCAGGCCAAAGAGUAGCCCCACUUUGAUGCAUCUCUUCUAGGCUCCCUUGACAACGAACACCAAAGUAACAAUAAAACCAUAGAAACACUGGUUGGUUGGUUGGUUGGUUGGUUGGUUGGUUUUUGUCGCACAUCUCUAUUGUAACAUUAACUGGAUGAUCUUUAUGAAGAUCUUCCCAUAAUAAAGAUGUUUGAAGUUGACAGCACAGUUUUGAAAUUGAUAACAAGCUCUGUUAUACUAAAUUUGUGGUUUCUUUUUUAGAAGAGUGGUCUGGAAAUAAAUUGUAAACAGCCCCCUCACUAUGAAAAGCAGCUUGCUUUCAGGUUACUGUUGGGGUGACCAAACAAGAAGUCUUAUUUUCAGCCUUUUCCAGUUACUGUUUAUUAUGUGAGGUGCUUAACUUGGAUUGAUCAUACUUGACAAAUCUAAGACAGUAACCUUAGAUGAGAUUAAAGAGCAUCUAGCAUUAGCUUAACAUCCUGUCAAAUAAGGAUUUGCUGCUACACAUUGAGUAUUUUGUACAAUUUAUGCCAUAACAUCUGAAGUUGGUUUUAUCUUUGCAGAUUUUUAGGUUCAUUCGUAAUACAGUUGGACAGAAGAAUUUGGCAUCUAAAACUUUGGUGGAUGAAAGAUUUCUUAUAUGAAAAGACUUUCUGGGAACUAAUUACGGCUUUAAAAUGACACACAUACACAAAGGAUUUGCUUGCAGUACUUUGUAAAUAUUCAUGUGUAGAAUCUUUCUUUCAUAUUGUGUACUUGAAAACUGCUGUUUUGGAUUAAAUAAAUUUGUACUUGUAAUGGAUAGUGAUUAUUCACAUGCCUUAAAAGGGAUGCCAAGAUACAGAAAGAUGUCACUGUCAGUAUUAAAGCUGAACCCAUGCAUU